AUGGCAGAAGCGAAGAUGACUGCCGUAUAUACAUCGCCCGAGUAUAGUCGCCAUUUCUCAGCUAAGCUGCCACAGCUACCGGGCGAUGUGAAGGCGCAAAGCGUGAUUCAGAAGACAACAUAUCUCUCAGCUCUGCGCUCUGGCACUAUGCAGAUCCAGGCUGAUAUCAAUGCCUUUCUGACAGAGCGCAUGGAAGCGGACAAGCUACCACAGGGCGGAGGAACAGGCAAGGCACAAGAGGAGAAAGAAGAGGAGAUGUACGGCGAGGAGGAUCCAGAAGCAGAUGGAUGA